GGGCGCGGGGCUCCCAUGGGCCGCGGCAGGGCCGCAGCCAAGCGGCCGGGGUCGGCCGAGCCGCGGCCGAGGGGCCAUGAGAAGGCGGGCCCCCCGCCCCGGGCCCCGCGCCCCGCGCCCAUGAGCUCCUCGCUGGCCAAGAGCCGGGCCGGGCCGUCGCUGCCGCGGGCGGGGGCGGCGGGGGGCGGCGGGGCCGGGGCUCUCCCGCCCCCGCCCCCGCCCCCGUCCCCGCCCCCGCCCCCGCCCCCGCCGGGCCCGCCCGGGGACCCCAGCUGGAGGAGGCCCCUCUGCCGCCCGGGACCCCGGGGGUCCGGCCUGCGGGGCUCCCCCGGCCCGCGCCCCCCGCCCCCGCCCGGGGGGCCGCGGGAGGCCGCCCGCCCCGCCUCGCCCGGCCCCGCCGCCCCCCGCCCCGACCCCGACCCGCUGCUGCACCAGCUGCGCCCCAUGCUCAGCUCCGCCUUCGGCCAGGACCGAGACCUGCGGCCGGAAGAGAUCGAAGAACUAAGGGAAGCCUUCAAAGAAUUUGACAAAGACAAGGACGGCUUCAUCAACUGCAGGGACCUGGGCAACUGUAUGCGUACGAUGGGCUACAUGCCCACCGAGAUGGAGCUGAUAGAGCUCUCUCAGCAAAUCAACAUGAACUUGGGCGGUCAUGUGGAUUUUGAUGACUUUGUGGAGCUGAUGGGCCCCAAGCUCCUGGCGGAAACAGCAGACAUGAUCGGUGUCAAGGAGCUGCGGGAUGCCUUCCGAGAGUUCGACACCAAUGGCGAUGGGGAGAUCAGCACCAGUGAGCUCCGGGAGGCCAUGAAGAAGCUGCUGGGACACCAGGUGGGACAUCGGGACAUCGAGGACAUCAUCCGAGACGUGGACCUCAACGGGGAUGGGCGUGUCGACUUCGAAGAGUUCGUGCGGAUGAUGUCCCGCUGAGGACGCGAGAAAGCUGUGGAGACCAACGCGCUCUCCGAGGGAGAAGAAGCCGGUGCGAGCACCUCACCCCAACGUCCCCGUGCGUGGGACGUCCAGACCGAGCCUGUCCGAGCAAGGGCGAGGUGCCCCACCCCGGACUCCCCCACCCCUCCGCACUGUGAAAGACUUGCAAACUCCUGCAACUGGAAGGCGCGGUGCCUGUGGAUGAGGUGGCAGUGCCAGGGCAGGCGGAGGUCGCGUAGGGCCCCAGGCGUCGCUGACCCCGGCGAUGGCUGCUGGCUGGCAGGAUCUUCCCAGAGUCCCCCAGGGGGCAUGUCUGUCCUUGGGGCUGAGCCACCCCCAUCCCUCCCUCCCUCUCUUCCUCGUUCUCCUCUCCCAGCUCCCUCCCUCUACUCCCUGAACCCUAAGAAUGAAUAAACGUUUCCAAAAGAAA